AUGCCUUGCGACUCGACGAUCGGAGUCUCAACUUUCUUGGGCGGACGGUAAGGUCUCACCUCAACUUUACGUUGAAGCCAGAGCUUCAGAACUCCCACCAAAGAGCUAGUUGGACCGGCCUACGACGAAGUCUACGAACAGAUCGCCGACACUUAUUUGGAGCCGAAUAGCGUUAAAGCCCGGCAGUCCACCUCCACGCUGAAUACGGAUGUCGAGAGCGCGAGACGUGAGAAAUUACACUCGAUCUUUGGAGAAAACUAACUACAGAGUCUGAAACCUCUCCUUUCCGUAUACUAUCUCGCUAUCCGCAUCAUUUUUUUCAGUUCUCCCGUCCUCCGGCAACCUCGCCUCCUCUUCCCAAUCUAUCCCAGUCAAGCAACGGACCACCGUCAUCGACGACGUCGCCAGGCCUUUGUCCUUCGACGAAGGCCAGAAAGACAACCUGCAACUGCAUCGGACCAGGGAGAAGAUGAUCAUGGAGGAGAUCACUAGGAAGGAACUUUUCAAGAAGAAGCCGAUCCCUCCCGCCAAGCCGCCAACUCCCAUCAAACCGCCGCCCAAACCCACGGCCUUGUCUAUAAGAGAUUUCGGAAUUGAUAUGUCGAAACAAACGACCGGAUCUUGUCAGCAAAUCAGCUCGAGAGUCGAUUUCCCGACGACGUCUUCGGUUCCGACGUCUUCUACGAAUGUUGCGAGGCCGUCUUCUAGGAUCUUCGAAUCUUCGGAUCGGCUCGAUGUGCUGAGAGGACGACCAGCUCCGCCAACUACUUACAGUCAUCAACCUAGCGGGUGAGUCGCACUGGGAAUGGCUCAAGGCGUCGCGGUCGCGCUGCGGUCUGAGUAAUCUUCUUCUUCUUCUUCCUGAGCAGCGUCAGCUAUUUGAGUAAUGAUUUUCGUAAAAAAUGCCGCGAAUCCUAAGGAUUCGACUAGCAAGCGUAAGUCGUUUUGUGGUCGGGUGCAAUUUUGUAGCUUGUCUGUGGCCUCUCAGGCACCUAAUUGUCCUUCAGAGAAUCAGGAAAAAUAACUUUUUUUUAGGUCUGGCGAUGAUUUUCCACCCCCUCCUCCAGAGAUUGCAAUCAAUACGUUUGCCGCAGCGAGGAAGUGAGGAUUUACAUUAAAAACGAGACUUUCUAGCUUUUUUAAUGGCAAGAGUCUUGCUGGGAGUCGAACCAGUGACCGUUCUGACACUAGAUAUAAUCUUAGCCACUGAGCCACGAUUCCCAUAAUUUCAGAUCCAUAACCAAUCUCUCCUUCCGAGGGCUUGGCGACCCGGCGGCUCACAUCUUUGACCGACCAGAGUCCGUUGAUUUCGGCACGUCUUCCCCGUCGACGUCGACCCAAGGCGCUCCAGAAGACGUCAACGGCCCCAGGAGACCUUUCACGUCUCUUUCUCAGCAUGCGAUUCUGAAUCGACGGUUUCUGAACGUCCUGCCUGAUGAGGUACGACAGAAAUUCAGUUUUAGUGCGAAAUUUGGGAAUUUCUGAAAGUUGAUCAAGAAUUUUCUGAAGGCCUAGAAAGAUAGUUCUCAUUUCUGCUACCUUUGCAAACUUCUAACUUUCGAAUUUUGGAUUUUCAAAGUUCCGCUGUUCAUUUUCGUACCACAUGAACCUCUAGAAAGUCUCAACCUGCACAAUUUUCGAUCCAUUUUUGAAGUUUUUCUUAGACUUUGAGGAGACUUUUCUCGAAACCUAGGUAAUUUAGUAGGCUCAACCUUCAGAAUUACCAACUAGUACAUUUUGAAAAUUUCUGCUGAAUUUACAAGAAAUUCCCGACUACAAAGUGAAAUAACUACCCUUUUGAGGAUAUAUGAAAGUUCCAGGUGGACCGCUCGGUCGGCUCCUCGACGCUGCUGGAGAACGACGUCAGAGACUCGCCGUCUUCAUAUCUAAGAGACGCCGAACUGAGGCUCAACAUGUUCGUCAACGACAAGAUGGCGCCACCUUCCUCCAACGGAAGCACGACUGGGGGACAAGACGAAACCACCGUCUAG